AUAAAUUUAAAAACACAAACAUUCAAAAAUGGAUUUUUAGAUGCAUUUUGUUAUAUGAAUUUCCAAGGUCAAUUUUUUUACAACUGCAUUCGACCCUACAAUAUACAAAGAACUGGUUUGGCCAAGCAAAGGAACAAGUUAAAGGAACAAAUUAGAUGAUCAUUUACGAAAAUCAAAGAUUUAUAUGUUCCAUCUACAUAUAUCGAAGUGGUUGUAGUAAAUACAUGCGAGCUGCUUAAUCAUCCAGAUAAACUUUUAUCAAGUUAAUCCUUUAGUUCUUUAUAAUUCAUAAAAUAUCUGUAUAGCUUUUAAAGAUAAAGUACUUGUAAGUAAAGAUUUCAACAUGGCAAACAGUCCGAAAGUCAAUAAUUCAAUAAACCACGAACAAAGUUCAGUUUCUUCCUUAUCGGAACAGAAAGAAACCAUUAUGAUACGAACUAAUUUUUCAAAAAAUUCAACAUUUAAAAUUAAUACUGAAAAUGAAGAAGACUUCAAUAAUCAAUUGGAAAAGGAAUUUAGUACAAAGGAUUGUAAUAACUCAUCAGAAAUGAACGUAACCGGUGAACUUCAUUUUAAGCAUAAAACCUCAUAUGUAGAAACUUUGAUGCACCUUUUUAAAGGAAAUGUUGGAACUGGUAUUUUCGCAAUGGGUGACGCUUUUCGUAAUGGGGGCCUUUUAGUUUCCCCGUGUUUAACCAUUUUCUUGGGAUUAAUUUGUACAUAUAAUAUGCAUAUUUUGAUUAAUUGUUCAAGGCAUAUCCAGGAGAAGUGUAAAUUGAACACUUCUUUAGAUUACGCAGAAACAGUUGCAAAAUGUUUUGAAAAUGGUCCUCAUAAACUUCAAAAAUACUCAAAAUUUAUGCAUCAACUUGUAAACUUGUUUCUCUGUAUAACUCAGCUAGGGUUUUGUUGUGUUUAUUUUGUUUUUGUCGGAUCAAAUGUUCAACAAAUUUUCGAGUAUUUUGGAAUCUAUCUUUCUGUUCAAAUAUUAAUGCUCAUAUUUUUAAUUCCAAUAUGGAUACCGUGCCUCAUAACAAAUUUAAAAUAUCUUGUACCUUUUUCAACAGUUGCAAACGUUUGCAUGAUCAGUGGCUUAGCGUUUGUCAUAUUUUACUCAGUACAAGAUUUACCGAGUGUGAAAGAUAGGGAGCUUUUUUCUUCGUAUGAGCAACUUCCUUUAUUUUUUGGAACAGCUAUAUUUGCUUUUGAGGGAAUAGGUUUAGUCCUGCCCCUAAAAAAUCAAAUGAAAAAACAAGAAAACUUCGAUCGUCUUUGGGGAGUUCUUAACAUUGGCAUGGUUUGUGUAAUAUCCAUGUAUACAGGAAUAGGUUUUUUAGGUUAUUUAAAAUAUGGAGAUGAUACUGCUGGUAGUUUGACUUUAAAUUUACCAAAAAAUGAAAUUCUUUCACUUCUUGUUAAAUCAUCUAUUUCUGCGGCCAUCAUGUUAACAUAUCCGUUGCAAUUUUUUAUUGCAAUACAAAUAAUGUGGCCAACAGUUGUAAAAUACUGCAGUAUUUCAAAACAUUUGAUUUUUAAAGAGAUGGCGUUCAGAACUACAUUUGUAUUAUUGACAUUUUGUAUUGCUGAAGCCGUGCCAAAUUUAGGAAUGUUUAUCUCUUUGGUUGGAGCUCUUUGUGGUGCAGGUUUGGCUUUAGUUUUUCCCCCUGUGUGCGAAUUCGUAAUCGCUUAUUCACGCCAACAAAAAGGACUAUCAUUAUCAAAGUUUGUAAUAAAUUUGAUGAUUCUUUUGGUUGGAAUGUUGGGAUUUGCUACUGGUACUUAUGAAAGUCUCAGAGGAAUCUUUAAUGAGUUUUCAGCAAAAUAAUUCGAUACAAUAAUAACAAGAUAAAUUUAAAUAUUUUUAUAAAUGUGUAAAUAAGUGGUGUGUAAUA